UCAAAAUGAAUAAUAACUAUUAAACAUUUUUUGAAUCAAUCUAUAUAAAAGAAAAAAUAUACCUAUUUAUCUUAUCAAAAAAAAACACUGAUCAAAUAAACCUGGCUGUAGCUAGCUACACACAUAUACACGCACACAUACGCGUGACUUUUUUUAGCUGGCGGAUAGAUGGCGCUGUAAUCGUGACCUAUUUAAAGUUUGAGUUUGCUAUCUAUUACCAGUAUAAUAUUGUAAUCUUUGAUUAAAAAGAUGAAGUGGAGUGAAGCAGUAACUUUAGAAUUUGUUAGGAUUUAUUUAAAAAAUGAGUGCUUAUGGAACCCGGCACACCCUGGUUACAAACUGAAAUUUCAAAGGGAAAAAUCUUAUUCAGAAAUAAUUUCGGAAUUUAAAACUUCCACCUCUAAAACCUUAACAGUCACAGAAGUAAAGAUGAAAAUAAAGAAUUUAAGAACCACAUAUGUUCAACAAGUACACAAAAUUCUUCAAAAGUCCAACCCAGAUUCCAUUUAUGAACCUUCUUUAGUUUGGUUUCAUGAAAUGGACAGCUGUUUGAAACAUAUAACCAAUAACAGAUAUACAAAUGCUAUAAACACAUCCCAAGAACCACCAGAAGUAGACUCUUCUUGUCAUAUAUGGGUUGACCAAGAAAUUCCAAACGGAAGCUCAGAUGAACAAAAUCCAGAUGUUCUAGUUCCACCUGCAGAUAAUGAAUAUAGCUGUAGAAAUGUGGAUAGUGGUGAAAAAGGGGAAAAAGUCAUGUCUAUUCACAAGAAGAGCAAUAAAAAGAAAAAAAUAAGGCAUAAAGUACCAAUUCCAGACUGUUCUUCAGAUUCAACACCAGAUGUUGUAAAAGAGGAUGAAUUUGAUAUUUAUGGUAAGUUCAUAGCAUCACAAUUGAGGAAAAUGGACUUGCAGAAAGCACUGAGACUUCAACUGGCAAUACAAAAUUUGGUCAGCGAGGCUAGAAUCUCAGAGAUUUGUAGUGAUUAACAUUAUAGUUAACGUAAUGAAAAUUAUUAGAAGAUAACAUUUUGUCCUAAAUAUGUAGGUAUAUUUUGAUCACAUUUCUAAUUUUUUUGUUAUAAUAAAAAAAUGUGUGUACAUGUCUUAAAAAAAUACCAAAGAUUAAUAUAUUAAGAUUAAAAUUAUUGGUUAAUUUAAAUAAAAUUAUUUUGGUGCACCUAU